CGUCAGAGCCCGGCCUCCAAACAGAGAGCUGCUGCUUCUAUUAUGAAAACUCCUGAGAGAAAUGUUGUGUAAGCGGUUGGUCCAGGCCCUUACACAACACCACAUGGACAGAUAAGUGACUGAGCCUCCUCUAGACAUCCUUACAAACUGUUUUUGAUUUUAAAAAGUUUACCAGAAAGCAUGGCGAAGCGCAGAGAGAGCCAAGAAACAGCGGCCGAUACAAAGAAACCGAAGCAGGUGCUGAAGGCGAAGAGCAGCGCAGCAAAACCGAGAGCGAAGGAGAAAGAUGCAGAUAAUUUCAUCGUAGAGAAAGAGGAAAAGCUCGAGAGGAAGGUCAAACCUAAACCACGGUUGUCUUCAAAGCGAGCACCAGAGCAAACCUCAUCUUCCAAAUCCAGCACUAGCUCUGCUGUCAAAACCAGUAAAUACUUCCAGUCACCAGUGAAGGAGGAGAUCAAUAGUGAGGAGGACUUUGACAUGGAGACCUCACCGCCACCACCGAUGUUUAAAAAGAAACCUGAGAUAAAAGAAGAAGAGGAGGAGGACAGUGAGGAAGAUGAGGAUGACUGGGAGGAAGUGGAAGAACUGGCUGAACCGCUGGGACCAGUUGAACCCUCUGAACCUGUCCUUCCCUCUCAGCCGGUAGAAAUAGAGAUCGAGACCCCAGAAGUCAGGAAGAGGCAGAAGAGGCAGGCAGAGUUUGAGACCUACCUGAGGCGGAUGAUGAACCGAUACAAGAAGGACGUGUGGAUAGACACACACAAGGUCCACCUCAUGUGCCUGCUAGCCAGUGGGAUGUUUCGCAACAGACUGUGCAGUGAACCGGACCUGCUGGCCAUCACUUUGUCCCUGCUGCCGACCAGAUAUAGCAAUGUUGAAAAGGGAUGCAUCAACCUGAGCUACCUCUCUCUGCUGCUCAAAUGGUUCAGACAGACUUUCACCCUGAACCCCAGUCUUCCCUAUGAGGAGUGUCCGGACCCCCAGGCCCUCCUGGAAAGGCGGCUAGCCAGCCUCUCGGCCAGAAACCACCAGGAGUUGACUCAUCUUUUCCUGUUGAUCCUGAGAUCUCUGCAGCUCUUCUGCCGUUUGGUUUUGUCUUUGCAGCCGAUUCCUCUCAAACCUCCAUCAGCCAAGGGCAAAGCGGCUGGAACGUCUCCCCCAAAAAAGAGCCAGGAAAUGUCAAAGAGUAGCUCCCCGAAGGUCUCUCCUGGCACCAAGAGACCAGCUGAAGGGAGGAACAUCAAAGGAGGAAAGAAAGCCAAGAGGAAAGAAAAGAAGGAGGAGGAGGAGGAAGAAGAAGAGAAGUCUGUGUCAUCAGGAGGGCAGAAGCCAAAGAACUCAAAACGCCGCAGUGUCGCCUCUAAGGUCAGCUACAAGGAGGAGAGCAACAGUGAUGGGGAUGGUGAUGAGGAGGAGGAGAGGCUCAGCGAGGAAGAAUUUCAAGCAACCAGCGAGGAAGACAGUGAGGAUUCAGAGAGGGGGGUUAAAUCUACAAAGGGGAAGAAGACGAAAAGGAAGAGCGAGGCUAAAGGGAAAAACAGCAAAGGUAGUGUAGCUCCAAAGAGAAAGAGUGGAGGAGGGAAAAAACAGAUAAAAGACGAGGAGGAGGAAGAAGAUGAUGAAGAAGAAGGAAUAGUGAACAACGGAACAAAGAAAAGUGGGGAAAAGAAGGAAGGGCCUGGAGUGGACGAGUGGUUGGAGGUGUAUCUGGAGAAAACGUCGUCCUGGGUUUGCGUACAUGUGGAGAAAGGUGUUGGGAUGCCUCACCUCUGCUCUCAGAAUGCAACAGCUCCAGUGACAUAUGUGGUGUCGGUGGACGGGGAUGGCUUCCUGAAGGACUUGGGGAGGAAGUACGACCCCACCUGGAUGACAUCAUCCAGGAAGAGGCGGAUUGAUGACGAGUGGUGGAAGGAAACACUGGAGCCUUUCUUAGGACCCGAAGAUGAGAGGGACAUUAAAGAGGAGAAGGAACUCCAGAAUAAGCUCUUGAACAAACCCCUGCCGAUCUCUAUAGGGGAGUAUAAGAACCACCCGCUGUACGCCUUAAAGAGACACCUGCUCAAGUACGAAGCCAUCUAUCCUCCCACUGCCACCACACUGGGAUACUGCAGAGGAGAGCCAGUGUACUCACGGGAUUGUGUGCACACCCUCCACUCCAGAGACACUUGGCUGAAAGAAGCACGAACCGUCCGACUGGGCGAAGAGCCAUACAAGAUGGUGAAGGGCUUCUCUAAUCGCUCCCGUAAGGCCAGGAUGAUGGCUGAGCUGAAGGAGGAGAAUGACCUGCCUCUGUUCGGAGAAUGGCAAACUGAAGAGUACCAGCCGCCGAUAGCUGUGGAUGGGAAGGUUCCUCGUAAUGACUAUGGUAACGUCUACCUCUUCAAACCCUGCAUGUUGCCAGUCGGCUGUGUUCACCUCCAGCUGCCCAACCUGCACCGUGUGGCCAGAAAGUUGAACCUCGACGCCGCACCUGCAGUCACAGGAUUUGACUUCCAUGGAGGAUAUUCACACGCCGUGACUGAUGGCUACAUUGUGUGUGAGGAGCAUGAGGAGGUUCUCAGAGCAGCCUGGGUGGAAGAACAAGAGCUUCAGAAACAGAAGGAGAAAGAAAAAAAAGAAAAGAGGGCGAUCUCCAACUGGACUCUGCUGGUGAAGGGACUCCUGAUCAGAGAAAGGCUUAAACAGCGUUAUGGCAAGAAGACCCACGGAUUGGGAACCCUCGCUCAUGGAGACGAUGCUGGCGGGUUUUCGUCUGAUGAAGAUCUGGUUGAGGAUGGAAGCAACGGAUCUAAAACGGCGUCUGAGACUCUUGCAAUGUCCUGGCCUCAAAACAGACAAGCAGAAGAAGACGGCGGGAGCGGCAGCGGACUGAAAAAGAAGACAACGAAACGAGAGAAGAGGGGGCAGCAGCAGCAUUUAUUCCCUUUUGAGAAAGUGUGAGGUUAGGGAUUAAAAGUACACUGUUUUUCGUGCAGGUUUUGAUAAAACUCAUGUUGAUAACACGAAGUGCUUGACUGACUCUACCAACAACACCACAAACAAUACGGGCUAGUAUGAGAGUUGAUCAGAACGCGAGUGCAACAUGUGCGACCAGUAACUGCCAUGCGUCAGGAUGUUACAUGACGCUGUGCUUUCAACAUCUGGACAUGUUACGCAUGUUGUUGAAGCUACUAGUAGGUGUGUAUUUGCAAUUUCUCCAUGAGCUAGAGACUGGAGCAGAGAACAAAUGUCCCAUUUUGUGUCGGUCUGCAGUGGAGAUGAUCAAACUUUUAUGUCAAGAAUCGUCCCUGGCGACGAGAGCCGGGUCUGCAGCUACCCCAAGAGAAGAAACAGCAGUUUUAAGAGUGGAGAAGCUCACAGUUUCCAAAACCAGACAUGGUGUAUCAGGUGUGGAGCACUAGGAGCAUGCUCGUUGGUUUCUUCAACGUUCAUGUGAUUGUACAUCGGGGAAUUAUUCCUCCAGGGUCGGACUGUUAAGGCAGAUUUUAAAUGUAAUGUCAUUAGGGAGAACAUUCAGUGCAAGUGAUUAUGACUGUGGCACAUGCUGCAAUGCUCUGUGCAACUGGCGAUUUUUCAUUUUUUUUUGUCCACAACAAAAAAAUUAUGGCUCCCAUGUGCCUUCUGUGUUGUCCUAAAAGUGUAACUGGAGUUGAUGGUUCAUUUUGACGCAGUUUAAGAGGUUCAUUGUAGAUCGUUCUUGAUUUGUCUGCAUAGUGGGACUUCCAGAGACUGAUUGAAGCCUUGCUGAAGCACCGUAUUGCUGCACCAAAGAGACUACUUCAACUAGAAAUGCAGCCAAAUUUAAAUCAGGUGCAGUUUUAGAUUUUUCUUGGCAAACUGUCACAACUUUUUGGUCAACUCUCGUAUGGCUUGUAGCGACUGAAAACAAAAGCUUUUCAACAUUUCAAAGCUGCUACCACAGCCUCUUCACAGUGCACCGCUGUUUUUUUCAGUGCAUUACAUUCAACAGUUUCCUCAACCUUGCAAGUGCAUCAAAAGCUGCACACAAGCACAACCAAAUGGAGCAUAGACACUGCUGCUGACUAGACUGCUCUCCAUGUGACCUGACUGCCCAAAAGCAGAAAUGUGUAUUUUUGUUUUCAUUUUUAUUAGAAAACAUAUUAAGUCUUCCUCUUUUUUGUUGUUUGGCUUUUACACUGCUGGAGGUUCACUUCUUCCUGCUGUUUUCUGUAUUGUGUGUCACAUUCAGUGUCUUAUAUGUGUUUGAACACUGUAUUUCAAAUGAUAACAGCUUUUUUUUAUGGAACGUAUUUCUGCAAUAAAUGUAAAAGUGAGUCAAACACAGA